CACCACACUCUUUUUUCUCUUUGUGGGUAACGACAAACGACCACCAUAAAGAUACCAAAACCUCCUCCACUCUCGAGCAUGCUCUACCCUGUACCGACCCUCUAAGAUCUUCAUUAUCUGGUGGUAUCUGGGAUUUUUCCUUCAGUUCAAAAAAAGCUGAAAUUAGCUUCCUAGUCCCCCUUUUCCCCACUUAGUUUUCUCUUUUCCCCAAGGGCUACUCUUUGUGGAAUUGUUGUACUCUGUUCGCAAAAACUCCUAAGGAAUAAUUUGGUAUUGGUGGUUAGAAAGAAAUGUCCCAAUUUGGACAUGUUUCUGCUGUUAGCAUGAGUGGGCAAAGUAGUGGAAUUAACCUUUGUAGCUCACCAUCUACUUGGAGAGAUGGUUUUCGUAUUGGUUUCAGGCGGACAAAUGCAUUAUCAUUUGUUGGUAGUGAUUCUAUGGGUCAGAGAUUGAAAAUUUCAGCUUCACAUGCUGUUAUAACUAGGCCAAGGAGAGAUGUGCAGCCUUUGCAGGUGGUUUGCAUAGACUAUCCAAGACCAGAGCUAGAAAAUACUGUUAAUUUCUUAGAAGCUGCUUACUUAUCUUCGUCCUUCCGUGCUUCUCCCCGUCCAGCAAAACCAUUAGAGGUCGUAAUUGCUGGUGCAGGUUUGGCUGGUUUAUCUACUGCCAAAUAUUUGGCGGAUGCUGGUCACAAACCUAUAUUGUUGGAAGCGAGGGAUGUUCUUGGUGGAAAGGUGGCUGCAUGGAAGGAUGAUGAUGGAGACUGGUACGAGACAGGCUUACACAUAUUUUUUGGAGCUUACCCAAAUGUGCAGAACCUGUUUGGAGAACUAGGCAUUAAUGAUCGAUUGCAGUGGAAGGAGCAUUCUAUGAUAUUUGCAAUGCCAAACAAGCCUGGAGAGUUUAGUCGAUUUGAUUUUUCUGAAGUUCUACCUGCACCAUUAAAUGGGAUAUGGGCAAUCUUGAAGAACAAUGAAAUGCUUACUUGGCCGGAGAAAAUCAAGUUUGCGAUUGGACUCUUGCCCGCCAUGAUUGGGGGACAGGCUUAUGUUGAGGCUCAAGAUGGUUUUAGUGUUCAAGAUUGGAUGAGAAAGCAAGGCAUACCAGAUCGAGUAACUGAUGAGGUGUUUAUUGCCAUGUCAAAGGCCCUGAACUUCAUAAAUCCUGAUGAACUUUCAAUGCAAUGUAUUUUGAUUGCUUUGAACCGAUUCCUUCAGGAAAAGCAUGGUUCAAAGAUGGCUUUCUUAGAUGGCAACCCUCCGGAAAGACUCUGCAUGCCUAUAGUUGAUCAUAUUCAGUCCCUAGGUGGUCAAGUUCGACUUAACUCACGAGUACAAAAUAUCGAGCUGAACAAAGAUGGAACUGUGAAGAGCUUAUUACUGAAUAAUGGAAAUGUAAUUGAGGGAGAUGCUUAUAUAUUUGCCACUCCAGUUGAUAUCCUGAAGCUUCUCUUGCCUGAGGACUGGAAAGAGAUUCCAUACUUCAAUAAAUUGGAGAAAUUAGUUGGAGUUCCAGUCAUCAAUGUUCACAUAUGGUUUGAUAGGAAAUUGAAGAACACAUAUGAUCAUCUACUUUUCAGCAGAAGUCCCCUUCUCAGUGUGUAUGCUGACAUGUCUGUAACAUGUAAGGAAUAUUAUGACCCAAAUCAAUCUAUGUUGGAACUGGUUUUUGCACCAGCGGAAGAAUGGAUCUCGUGCAGUGACUCCGAAAUCAUUGAUGCUACAAUGAAGGAACUUGCAAAACUCUUUCCUGAUGAGAUUUCCGCAGAUCAGAGCAGGGCAAAAAUAUUAAAGUACCAUGUUGUUAAAACACCAAGGUCUGUUUAUAAAACUGUACCAGACUGUGAACCUUGCCGUCCCUUACAAAGAUCUCCUAUAGAAGGAUUUUAUUUAGCUGGUGAUUACACAAAACAAAAGUAUUUGGCUUCAAUGGAAGGCGCUGUUCUAUCAGGAAAGCUUUGUGCACAAGCUAUUGUACAGGAUUAUGAGUUGCUUGUUAACCGGGGUCAGAGAAAGCUUGCUGAGACAAGCCUCGUCUAACCAUAUCAAUAGAGAAAUGAGACAAAACUUUUGCAAGUACACAACGAAAGACGAAUGAAGGCUUGUUGAUAGAAGGUGUCCAACAAUGUUGUCUCAGAGAGAACAAAAGGUGGAAAAAAAUAAAAAGAAUCAAGAAAAGGGUAAUCCCCCAGAGUGGCAAGCUCUUUAAAAGUAAUUUUUUAUACAUGUAGAAACAUUUCCAACAACUGUACCUCCUACGAGCCCCCUUGAAGGAGGUUCUUCUCAGUGGGGUAUUCAUUCUUGCUCUAUUUUUUAUUAAAGUAUUGUUGUUUUAUUUGUUAUCUUGUUCCAUAGUCAUCUUUGCUAAGCUAAACAUAUAUAUAUAUAUAUAUA